GUGAAAAUGCAUGUUUUUUUAAAGUCUAUUACAAUUUUUUUUAUAAAAGUUUGGUUUUCUCUUUUCUUCUUCUGAUAUUUUUUAAAAAAAUGAUGUCCCUUGCCAAAUUAUCGAAGACCAUUAGUACCCGAUCAUUCUCUACUUCCUCCAUGCUUUUAAAGGAUAUUAAACAUGUUACUGUGAUUGGUGCUGGUUUGAUGGGUUCUGGUAUCGCUCAGGUCACAGCUCAAGCCAAAUAUAACGUUACCAUGAUUGACACUACCGAUGAAGCCCUUGCCAACGGUAAGAAGAUCAUCUCUGCCUCAUUAAAGCGCGUCGCCCGUAAGAAGUUUGCCGAUGAUGAAGCCAAGCAAACAGAAUUUAUCAACCAAAUCUUAUCCUAUGUUACACUUUCAAAGGAUGCUGAAGGCACUGUCAAGAAUACCGAUUUAGUGGUGGAGGCUAUUGUUGAAAACAUCAAUGUCAAGCAAAAGUUAUUCAGCUCUCUUGAUAAGGUUGCCCCUGCCUCCACUAUCUUUUGUUCCAACACCUCAUCUCUUCCCAUUUCCCUCAUUGCUGAAGCUACUUCUGAUGCCAGAAAGGAACGUUUCGCCGGUCUCCAUUUCUUUAACCCUGUCCCUGCCAUGAAGCUUGUUGAAAUUGUUCGUACCCCUAAUGUCUCUGACGAAGUUUACAACACUUUGUUCGAAUUCACAAAGAGUGUUGGAAAGACCUCUGUUUCUUGUAAAGAUACACCUGGCUUCAUUGUCAACCGUCUUCUUGUCCCUUAUGCUAUGGAGGCUUUCCGUAUCAUUGACCGUGAAGAAGCUUCCGUUGCUGAUGUUGAUACCGCCAUGAAGUUAGGUGCUGGUAUGCCUAUGGGUCCCUUGGAACUUUCUGACUUUAUUGGUUUGGAUACAAUGAAGUUCAUUGUUGAUGGUUGGGCCAAGGAAGGAUCUAUUGACCCUGCACUUACUAGAGCCUCCAAGACUUUAGAUAAGCUUGUCAGCGAAGGUAACUUGGGUCGUAAGUCUGGCAAGGGUUUCUAUGAUUAUACAAAAAGCAAAUUAUAA